UAACAAUAUCGGACAAUAACCCUAAAACCCAGACUGAAACCCUCAGGAUUGAUAAUUAGAUUUUGUCUGGUGGAAGGAUGGGAGCAGAAACGAUCGUGGAAGCAGAGAAAAUUGACGACUUGCUCGAGGCAGCUAGAUACAAUGAUAUAGAUGAUCUGAAAAGCUUGGCUUUUGAUGGUGUCUCUCUUAACUCUCGCGAUUCUCAAGGCCGAACAGCGCUUCAUAUGGCGGCGGCGAAUGGACAUAUGGAUAUAGUGGAGUAUCUCAUCAGUCAAGGAGUGGAUAUUAACGCUUUGAACGAGGAGAACAAUGCUGCUCUGCAUUGGGCUUGUUUGAAUGGCCACAUCGAGGUUGUGAAGAGAAUGAUCUUGGCAGGAGCCAGUCUAAGUCUUUUGAAUCGGUACGAGCGGACUCCAAUGGAUGAAGCUAUUGGUGCUGGGAAGAUGGAGAUUAUAGAUGCUAUCAACACAACUGUUGCUCAAAUGGAACUUGAAAACACCACUGUGGCCUGACUUUUAAAGUCCUCUUCACCAUCUUCCUAAAUGCUUUAGUUUUUGUAUUGUGGAAGUUUUUCCUUUUUUAUGUUGACUGCUGGUUGUUAGAAAUGGAGUAACAUUAAAUACAGAACACAAUGUUUUCUUCGUUACCCAUAAGUUGUCAGCCCCAAAACGUUACUAAAC